AAAAUUUCAAAGAGACAAACGAAAAAUUGGACAUGACGACAAUACAAGUUCUUCUCGGAUAAUCAGCACCAUUUUGACCCAUUUUUUCUCACACUGACAAACAUGAUGGAGAAUAAUGUAACACUGGUGCGUAUAAGACGAAUGGAUGACGAUGGAAGGAUCAUGAGUUCCAUGGAGAAGAAUAUUAAUGAUAAUAACGUGAAGAUUCAUCAGGCUUCAACCCCUAUUUCAAUCAUAACUGAUACUCAACUACACAAAGUCAACGCCGAUCUUGCAAUUAUGGAUUGUGAUGCGACGAGUCCGAAGGUCCAGAAUGAACUUUUUAACCCACAAGGACCCUAUAAGACGCAUAGGACAAGGUUUCAAUUGAUGCGACUGAGUGCUGCCGUUUGUGGGAUCGAAUUCUGCUAUGCGGCAGAGUCGGCAUUUGUUGGACCAAUCCUCCUUUCAAUCGGUAUGCCAAUUACUUACAUGUCGCUAGUGUGGUGCUGCAGCCCAUUGCUUGGAUUCUUUAUUGUGCCAUUGCUAGGAUCUAUGAGUGACAGGUGUACGUGUUCUUUAGGGCGUAGACGGCCGUUUGUCUUAGCCCUUUCCGUUGGGAUCCUAUCUGGUUUAAUUUUGGUGCCCCAUGGUAAAGCUAUAGCCGAAUACCUCGACCCUCCCGACCCGCCUGGUAACGAAACACUCUUAACCAGUAAUAUUACCAUUAAUGGGACUAUCCCCACAACGUAUGACCAAGGCACAGAUAGUCUAUAUUUAACAAGUAUUAUCCUCACAAGUAUAGGGGCAAUCGUGUUGGACUUCAGCUCAGACGCCUCUCAGCCAUCUUGCAGGGCAUACAUGCUCGAUGUGACGCACAGAGAUGAGCACUCGGCGGGCCUAUCCUCCUUCACCAUAUUUGCGGGACUUGGUGGAACAUUGGGCUACAUCAUUGGAGGUAUAGAUUGGGGGUCACUGACGGGAAACGAUUCAUUCAUCAGCGGUCAAGUUGCAUUCGUGUAUGCCGCUGUGAUGGUCAUCUAUUUAGCAUGUAUGAUAGUAACUGUCACAAGUUCGAAAGAGGAAACAUUUCAAAGGAUUGUUAAUCCAAACGAAACAUUUGAACAUCUAAAUAAGGUAAUAAGCCAAAAUACAGCAAACAGCUGUGUCUUUUCUACUGAUAAUGGAACUACACAUCAAAAUGAUAAGAAGAUCACAAACUCUGACAAUGCAAUUGAUAACAAAGCAUUUAUACCUGAUGAAGAUGCAAACGUAGAACUGUCGAAUGGGAGCAUGGAAAAUGGUGGACACAAAGUAUCCGAAAUUGUUCUCAAGGUAGGCCUGAAUCCAAAGCAUCUAGACAAACACAAUUCCACAAAGAGCAUGACCACUGCAAACAAUACUUUAGAAAUCGCAACCAACAAUAACAUAGAACAUGACAUUGGAUCCGUAGCUGAUGCGGAGAUUAACACUGAGCCAAAUGAAGAACAAUCAAUAAAAAUGUACCUAAAGACAAUAAUAAAAAUGCCAAAGUCACUUGUUAUCCUUUGCUUGACAAAUCUUUUCUGUUGGAUGUCGCUGUUGAGCUAUGCUCUUUAUUUCACCAGCUUCGUCGGCCAAAGUGUGUAUGGAGGCGACCCUACAGCCCCGGAAGGAUCGGAAAAACUCGCACUAUUUAUGGAGGGUGUCCAAAUGGGAUCGUGGGGAAUGGCUUUGUAUUCCCUCUCUUGCUCGUUCUAUUCUCUUAUCAUAGAGAAAUUAGUUAGAAGAUUCGGUGCCAAACCGGUGUACGUGAUGAGUCAGUUGGUCUGCACGGUUGGAAUGAUGAUAAUGGCCAUAGUGAGGCACCCAGUGGCUGUUAUAGCGCUAUCACCAACUCCAGGGGUGAUGUAUGCAACCCUUAGCACGAUGCCAUUCAUCCUUGUAGAUCACUACCACGUCAACGAUAAGUUUACCAACAUUGAGAGCAACCCUUCAAAGAGACAAACACGAGGAUUGGGGACAGACAUCGCUGUUGUUAGCAGCAUGGUGUUCUAUGCCCAGUUGCUGAUAUCAGGCUCAAUGGGGGCGAUCAUUGAGGCUGUAGACUCGACUAUCGUUCCUGUUAUUGCGUCGUCGUUGUUCAGUUUAUGUGGGGCUAUUUCUGCAACACAGGUUAUGUACCUGAAUCUGUGA